CAUCUUGUAAUGGGCGGCGCACCCGCUGGCCCGGCAGGCACCGGCAAAACCGAAACCACAAAAGAUCUGGGGCGAGCACUUGGCAUGAUGGUUUACGUUUUUAACUGCUCGGAGCAAAUGGACUACAAGUCUUGUGGCAACAUCUAUAAAGGACUAGCGCAAACUGGCGCUUGGGGUUGUUUUGAUGAAUUCAAUCGCAUUGCAGUGGAGGUGCUGUCGGUUGUAGCCGUGCAGGUGAAGACUAUACAAGACGCAAUUAAGAUGCAUCGUGAGCGUUUUACAUUUAUGGGCGAGUCCAUUGCCUUGGUGCCAACGGUGGGUAUAUUCAUCACACUUAAUCCCGGCUACGCGGGACGUACUGAAUUGCCUGAAAAUUUGAAGACGCUCUUUCGCCCUUGCGCCAUGGUCGUACCAGAUUUUGCGCUCAUUUGCGAAAUCAUGCUAAUGGCUGAGGGCUUUCAAGAUGCGCGCAUACUUGCACGCAAAUUUAUAACGCUUUACACACUGUGCCGAGAACUGUUGUCCAAGCAGGAUCACUACGAUUGGGGAUUGCGCGCUAUCAAGUCUGUCUUGGUGGUGGCGGGCACAUUAAAGCGCGACGAUCACAGUCGACCGGAAGAUCAGGUGCUCAUGCGUGCUUUGCGCGAUUUCAACAUACCGAAAAUUGUUACCGAGGAUGUGGCCAUAUUCAUGGGCCUUAUUGGUGAUCUCUUUCCCACAUUGGAUGUGCCGCGCAAGCGCAUUUUUGAGUUUGAAAAAACUAUAAGGCGUGCAGUUAAUGAGAACAAGCUGCAACCUGAGGAAGGCUUUCUAAUGAAAGUUGUGCAACUGCAAGAUCUUUUAGAUGUUCGACAUUCAGUUUUCAUUGUCGGCAACACUGGCACAGGAAAAACUAAAAUUUGGCAAACACUUCUUGAAACCUAUCGCAUACAGAAAUUGAAACCGGUCUGUAGUGUAAUCAAUCCAAAAGCCUUAUCGAAUGAUGAACUAUUCGGAGUUGUCAAUCCGACAACGCGCGAAUGGAAGGAUGGUCUCUUCUCAUCGAUAAUGCGCGAACAGACAAAUUUACCAGCAGGCUACCCCAAGUGGAUUGUGCUUGAUGGCGAUAUUGACCCCAUGUGGAUCGAGAGUUUGAAUACACUGAUGGAUGACAAUAAAAUAUUAACGCUCGCAAGCAACGAACGGAUCACUUUGAAGCGAGAAAUGCGAUUGCUCUUUGAGGUGGGUCACCUCAAGGCGGCCACACCAGCCACGGUUUCUAGGGCUGGUAUUUUGUAUAUUAACCCACAAGACAUGGGCUGGGCUCCGUAA